AUGGAGGGCGUGCAGAAAACUCUGGAGGAAUUACUGACGAAAUUUUCGUCGCUGUCGACCGAAGUCCAGCAGCUGAGUACUCAGGUGGCCGAUUUCGGCAAGGGGUUGGAUGCGGUCAAGCGUACCCAGGCCAUGGAGGCGGCGGUGCGGACGGCUCCUUCAUCCUCCACCACACACCCCGCGGCAGUGUUGGUCAACAAGGGACCCCCACUCCUCCACGUUCCACCACGGCCACCACCGCCGCCUGUUCGUCGCGACGCACACCCGGACCGCCAGGCCUCACCACCACGGUCCCCACGCGACACCUACCGUCACAAGCCGCCGAAGCAUGAUUUUCCCCGGUUCAGCGGCGACGCCCCGCGCCUCUGGUUUGACCUCUGCCACACCUAUUUUCAGCUCUAUCAAACGCCACCAGAGCACUGGGUUUCUACAGCUGUGUUGUAUAUGGACGGCCAUGCCGCGCUAUGGUGUCAGGCGUACAAGCGUCUGCAUGGUCUGGGUGAUUGGUUUUCAUUCAUGGAGGCAGUGCAGACUGAAUUUGGGCAGGAUGAGUUUGACGGCUUGCUGCAUCGUUUGCAUCACCUCAAGCAGACUUCUACUGUCGCUGAGUACAGGCUCUCGUUUGAGGCUAUUAUGUAUCAUCUCAUUGCGCUGGAUCCGUCCUUGAAUCAGAAAUUUUUUGUCUCUCAGUUUAUCAUCGGUCUCCGGGAUGAGCAAGCCGCGGGGUCACCCACCGGUGUAUACUCGCGCCAUCCCUCCGCCGCCGGUGCCUGCAAUGGCUCCUGGACCAGUACAGCCACGCAUCGAUGGUGCCAAAAGCGCGGCCCGGAUGAUUUUGGCCGCGAACGGCAACUGCGUGAAUUCAGACGCGCCAAUGGAUUGUGUUUCAAGUGCGGUGACAAGUAUUCCAGAGAACAUAAAUGCAACAGGGUUGGUCAGCUCCUAACCAUUGAAGUGGGCGAUCAUGGUGAACUUUUGUCUGAUGAUGCCAUCCGUGCGCUUGAGUUGCUUGAUGACAAUCCAGAAGAAGCUGCAGCUUGCUAUCAAAUUUCAGUCCAUGCGGUAGCAGGAACAGAAUCGUCAGGUACCAUGAGGCUACGAGCAUUGGUUGGCAACCAGGUAAUGCUAUUGUUGGUAGAUUCUGGCAGCACGCAUACAUUCGUGAAUUCCACGUUUGCGUCGCGAGCCGGUUGCACGGUGCAGGAAGCAGAACCGGUGACAGUGCGUGUGGCUAAUGGCGAAACACUGAAAUCCACACAGCAGGUCUCUCAAUUGAAGUGGUGGUGUCAGGGACAUACUUUCAGCACUGAUAUGAGAUUGUUGGAUUUAGGGGCAUAUGAUGCUGUCCUUGGAGUUGAUUGGCUGGCCCAAUUCAGCCCCAUGAAUUGCCAUUGGGGACUGAAGACCAUGGAGUUCCGCUAUGGCCUGACAAAUAUUCAGUUGCAAGGGGUACGGGCACCUGGGGAGCCAACACUGACUGAAAUACGAGCAGAGCAACUGUCGAAGUGGAUUCAGGGCAAUGAGGUUUGGGCUUUGGCAGUUAUCCAGCCUGCAGAUUCUGUUACAAACAACACCAAGCCACUGCCACUACCUUUGCAAGCUCUACUAGAGGAGUUUGCUGAUGUAUUUCAGGAACCUACCACACUACCACCACAUAGAUCGUUUGAUCAUGCUAUACACUUGGAACCCGGCGCCACUCCUCCCAAUGUUCGGCCGUAUCGAUAUUCUCCUCUUCAGAAGGACGAGAUUGAGCGUCAGGUGACUGAAAUGUUAAAAGCUGGGUUGAUCACCAAUAGUAUUAGUCCAUUUGUUGCUCCUGUCCUGCUAGUCAAGAAGAAGGAUGACACAUGGCGUUUCUGUGUCGAUUAUCGCCGACUGAAUGAUAUCACAAUUAAGAAUAAGUUUCCCUUACCAGUGAUUGAUGAACUGCUAGACGAGUUGGCGGGAGCUCGCUUCUUUUCUAAAUUGGACUUACGAUCGGGUUAUCAUCAAAUCAGGAUGCGCCCAGAGGAUGAAGCCAAGACAGCAUUUAAAACCCAUCACGGCCAUUUUCAGUUCCGAGUAAUGCCGUUUGGUGUCACAAAUGGGCCACCUACAUUUCAGUGUUUGAUGAAUUCUGUCUUGGCACCUGGUACCAGGAAGUAUGUCAUAGCAUUUUUGGAUGACAUCUUGACAUACAGUGAGUCGUUUGAUGAGCACCUGCAACAUUUGAGACUGGUUCUUACCACACUUCGGCAGCAUCAGUUAUAUGCCAAAUUUUCAAAGUGCACUUUUGCCCAGUCUUCCAUCAAUUACUUGGGCCAUGUGAUUUCAGCAGAAGGGGUUGCAACAGAAUCUGACAAAACAGAGGCGAUCCAAAACUGGCCACAACCUUCUUCACAAACAGAACUGCGAGCAUUUUUGGGCCUGACGGGAUACUAUCGCAAGUUUGUCAGGAAUUACAGUAUAAUCACAAAACCCCUGACAACUCUUUUGAGCAAGAAAGGUUUUGUUUGGUCUGUUGAAGCCACUGAGGCCUUCCUGAAACUGAAACAAGUGAUGACUACUACACCAGUGCUCGCUUUACCAAAUUUCUCACUCCCAUUCACUGUAGAGACGGAUGCUUGUGACACUGGGAUCGGGGCUGUUCUCUCGCAGCAAGGUCACCCAAUUGCGUUUCUCAGUCGCGCGCUCGGGGUCAAUAACAAGAAGUUGUCGGUGUAUGAAAAAGAGUUUCUCGCAGUGAUGAUGGCGAUCGACCGUUGGCGACCAUAUCUUCAGCGAGGUCAAUUCACCAUAUUAACGGAUCACAAAAGUCUCUGUACACUAGGGGAACAACAUCUGGGCUCGGAGCUUCAACGGAAAGCAAUGGCAAAACUAGGAGGUCUUCAGUUUAAGUUCAAAUAUCGCAAGGGCAUCGAUAACACGGCCGCAGAUUCUUUGUCACGUGUUGGGCAGCCACAUCAACGUGUCAGCCUUCAUGGAUUCAGGAAGUGUGCAAUUCUUACCGCACUGACGCCAAGGCAACGGAGCUUUUGCAGGCAUUGACGAUUUGCAGCCCAGACACUCAUGGCCAUGGACUAGACAGAGGCAUGAUUAAGUACAAAGGACGCCUCUGGAUUGGGAAUAAUGCAGCAUUACAAACUAAACUGAUCAGUGAGCUACAUACAGCUGCGGUGGGAGGUCAUUCAGGUAUCCGUCCAACUUAUUUGCGACUGAAGAAUUUGUUCUUUUGGCCUGGCAUGAAACUACAAGUUGAGGAGUUUGUCAAGCAGUGCAGUGUCUGUCAGCAAGCGAAACACGAACAUGCACAUCCGUCGGGCACAUUACAACCCUUGCCGAUACCUAUUCGAGCCUGGGGCGAAGUAACGAUGGAUUUUAUUGAAGGGUUGCCGCGUUCAGAAGGGGCUGAUGUGAUUCUGGUGGUAGUGGAUCGAUUAACUAAAUAUUCACACUUCAUUCCACUCCAUCACCCAUUCACAGCUCUUCAGGUUGCUCGUGCAUUCCUCGACAACAUUGUCAAAUUGCAUGGUGUUCCAGAAUCAAUCGUUUCUGACCGGGAUAAGAUCUUCACGAGUGCAUUUUGGAGGGAACUAUUUGCGCUCGUCGGCACCAAGCUUCUUUACACUACCGCCUACCAUCCACAGACGGAUGGCCAGAGCGAAAGGGUGAAUCAAUGUCUUGAGCAUUAUCUACGUUGUGCUGUUCACGACACACCGUGUCGGUGGAAAAGAUGGUUACCAAUGGCAGAAUUCUGGUACAACUCGAGUCAUCACAGUGCGAUCGGGUGCUCGCCGUUCAAAGCUUUAUAUGGAGUGGAUCCGAACUUUGGUGCCCUGCCUAAUCUAUUCAACACAACGACUCCGGCAUCACUGCAUGAGCUGGCCGCAGAGCACCAACAGUUCACUGAAAUGCUAAAAGAACACCUACUGCAUGCACAACACAGAAUGAAACAUCAGGCUGAUCGCAAACGCACAGAGAGGGAGUUCAGUGUUGGUGAUCAAGUGCUACUCAAACUUCAACCGUAUGUGCAAUCCUCGGUGGUCAACCGGCCUUGUCCCAAACUGGCAUACAAAUUCUAUGGCCCAUACAAAGUCACCAGCCGCAUUGGCACUGUUGCGUACAAGUUGGAGCUGCCCCAGGAGAGUAAAAUUCACCCAGUUUUUCAUGUUUCGCAGCUUAAACCCUUCACGGCGGACUACUCGCCAGUCUUCAAUCAACUGCCCGCUCCACGGGACCUCACUGUCGGCGAUCUGGUUCCUCAGGCGAUUCUGGAGCGCCGCCUCGUCAAGCAAGGGAACGCGGCAAUUCCUCAAGUCCUGGUGCACUGGCGCACGCUUUCGCCGGCCAGUGCAACCUGGGAGAACUACCAUGUGCUUCAAUAGCGAUUUCCGGGCGUCGACCUCGGCAAUGGCGCUUCGACUCAAGGAGGGGACAAUGUCACGCCCUACUCUCCACCCGAUCAGGCAGGAGAGCAUGCGGACAGCAAGGCACCAGAGGUGCAGCCGCGUGAGGAGGAAGAUCAGGGCCCACGGGCAGAGAGCAUGGAAAAGUCCUUGGUAGGUUAGUGUCUAUGUCAGGUGGGGCCUGUUCCAGAGAGUGCUAUAAGUGUGGGCGACAACAGAGACUGGGUCAUGUCUUGUAAUUGAAUAUUCAGAUUUCUCCAUCUAUCUAUUUUCUCCGGUUCCUCCCCCUUUCUUCUUCCUCAAGCUCAUCCCCUCUCUGAUUUCCUCUCCUCCCCUCUGUUCGAUCCGUGAGGGUCGUUACAUUAAAGUUUUGUCUUGUUCAUACUUUCUAAAGUCUGAAACUGUACUGAAAUCAGCAUAGAAAUUCCGCAAGUAAGAAUAUUAAAGGUACCCGUGCCAUUCAUCCCUACUAGAUGAUGAAUGCUGUUGCUAAUUUUUUUUCUCAAAGAUGCCUCAUUUUCAUUAAGAAGAAAGCUCAAUAGACCAAAAUUCCAUAUCAUUUCUUCUUUCUUAAGGAAAACUGACUGCAGGUAGCAAUCACAUGUUCAGCCUAUUUUCAGUUGACAAUAUACUGAAUAAUUUGACAGUGAACAAGUACAGAAAAUGCUCUUAAGAAGCGAUAGUUUUGAACCUGAAUUUAUAAAAGAAAAUGAACCAAUUCGUGUUGAAAAUAUCUUAGACAGUAAAUCCACCAGGUUUGAGAUGUUCACAGAAACAUGUCAGUUUCAGGAAACUAUAAUUCAGAAUUGUUUGCCACACUGUAAUGUUUCAGGCAUUCAGAAACAUUGCCCAUGAUGUUAAUAUGUUGACUAGGGGCCUUUAGUAGCUACUUUAAUGAAAAUUGUAGUACCACAGUGUCCUGCUGCAUAUAUUAAAUUGCAAAGUGAAAGUAAAACAAAACUUAGGAUUUGGUUGUCUAUCUGAUCCAUCAGUAAGCAAGCAGGGGCCAUGUUGUCAAGGAACAGAGUUAAAAAACCAUCAAUCUCAGGAACACUCUGACCAUGUAUUUGAUUCUGUUGAAUACCCAAUAUAUGAUAAGAUGCUAUUUUCAUUUGCUAGGCAACCAUGAAAAACUUUCUGCCCAAUUCAUAAUUUAAAUUAGUCCUGUGUGUUCUUUUAUUCAGUUAUUCUAAUUUUACUCCUGUGUGUUCUUUUAUUUAGUUCUGUGAGGAAGAAGGGAUUACAUCGAUGUCUAAUAUAUUCUUUGUUCUGCAACCAUACCUACAUGGGAUUAUAGUUCAGUUAGAAAUCUGAGAUUAUUUUCCUCCGGAAAUGAGCAUUAGCCCUUAGAACAGAAACGAACCGCACAACUAUCCUCCUACUUAAUUAUUAAUCUGUAUGUUCAUUAUUACAGUAAGUUCAGAAACUGCAUUUGUGUAUUUGUACCAAGCUUUCUUGCUCAUCUCAUUUUGUAGGUACCAUUUUGUAUGUCGGAAAGCAAUGGUUUCUAUAUAGAGCUAUAGGUCAUCUAUAUGUUUCUGCUAUAUAUUAUUGAUGUGUUUCCCUCACCUGCUAUUUGAAUGACAUAAUCCUUCAGAUCUUUCCCAAGUUUGGUGUUAAAGCUAACAAGACUCCUCCUUCCUGUAAAUACAACUUUGAAUGAAGGAAAGCAAGAUAGGGCCGCCUUUAUAUCUUGGAUCACUCCAUAGCAGGGAGCAAGAGUGGGCACAUCCGAGUUUAGAUAUUCAGUCACCGUUUUGCAAUCCAUCUCAAGCUCCACGGGUCCUCUAAAAACUUUUGCCAGAGCAUGCAGCCGAACCAGGGCUGCCCGGGCUUCAGCUUCCUCCACAUUAUCGGAAACUGGUAACUGAUAGUAUGUCGACAGAUACACUUAGCCUCUGUAAUCCCUGGCUACAGCCCCCGCCCAUCCCAGCCACUGAUCUGCUAAAAACUUGCGUCAGUGUUCAACUACGCCGAGCCCUGUUCGGGCGGAGUCCACUGUAUAGGUGGUCAGUUGUUCCUUUCCCUUCUCUGAACUCAUCUUUUCCAUCGCAUCGCCCAUCUCUUCCUCGUACUUCUGCAGGAAGCUGACAGAGUGCAGAACAUAUUCUUUUCCUUCACGGACUACUACAACGCACAGGCAUUUUCACGAAGAGAACAUAGGGAUUUUAAGUUUUGUAUAGGCUGCACUGGAGGCUGUAGAGUUAAGUUUUUGUACAUUUUGUGAAUCGUUUUGUUCCAGAUUCUCUUAGUGUAUAUAGUCUAACUAUAGAAGGUUAUUUACUAUCUGCAAAUUUGCUUUUUCCAUUGCUGAUCAUGUCCUCUCUGUGCACUUACAUCCUUCUGUUAACAGUUUAGUGAUCUAAUGAUUAUUCAGAAGGGACGCUGCAUGUUCCUAGAUGCAUAGCUUUUCAUUAGACUGAGAUUUUUUUUAGGGAUAACAAUGGUAUUUAAGAUAGUUUUUUUGUAGAAUUCUCACACUGAAAUCCGAACAAACCAUACCUUCAAAGGCCAGCAUAAUAGCACUUAAAAUAAAUGCUAAUCUGCACUCACGCUGCAACCUGGUGCCCAUUCUUCUGGUGAUUUGGUCAAAGCUACAACCAAGCAAAGAUAUUUUACAUGCUAUAAGAACUAAGUUAUGGAUUUUGUGUUCCCAGGUCUAUAAUAUGCGUGCUCUGCCGGUUCCCUGCAAGCGCUUUUGGCCAUGACCUCAAGUUCUGCAGCUAAGCCGUGAAUGUGUUGGUCCUUCUCACCGUCCACCGAUGAUGGUGCCCAAGAUAAGUGACGGAAGGAGAAAAGGAUGUUGCUGUUGCGUGGUCGUCGGAACACUUGCCCGACGUGGCCAUGCACUGGAUGCCAUCGACGACUAGCCUCCGCAAAAUAUGGAUGCACGGGAUUCUGCUGCAAACAUUGGGGAGUGUGUACUGUUGCGGUGCUGUGACAUAUACACUCUAUGGAAGAAACCCCUGUUUGAUUUACAGGUGAUGCUGAUUCGUCUGGAAUCUACUUUUGACAGAUCAAUCUGGUUUGUUGGCUGCUGGGUGGCUUCAUGUGACGCUGCAGUGCACUAGGGAGAGGGUUCAUGAUUGGCAAUUGGUCGUGGGCAAUGGAACUAAAAUGUCUACUAAAUGUUCAUGGAUAUCUUAGGAGGAGAACAAUUCAGACUUUAGAUGUACAUUAUAUUUGAUGCAUCAAUCUAAUCUGUACUUCAAAUUACAGUGUAUGAUUUGUUUGGACACUACAUAUAUAUAUUUGAUGGAGCCGUCUAAGUUGGACUGUUGGACAUGAAA